CAGUUUCGGUUUCACCCCAAUAUGUCUGUGUUUACUUAAAAAGUAGCAAAUCUCGAAUAGGCUUUGUUGUAUUUUAUUUGUUGCCCUGCGUAUGUGCUUUUAAUUGCAUGAAACAAUUUGAACUUUGUUUGCACAGGCAGGAUUUUAGUGCAAGGUUAAGCAACUCCAUUAAGUUUAGCAAACUGUUUCAUGAAUCAUAAUUCAGCAGGUCUAACCAGCACCAGGAAGUUCUGUUUGGGGUACAGAUAUGGGUAAAUAAUCCUUUGUUUGGGGAUGGUAAGAAAGGUGGCUGUGAGUUUCCUUACCGGGAGUGUUGAGGUGAGUGCUGCAUAACUGUGAAUUUCCCAUGAUGUUCAACUCAUUUCCCUUCCUGUGACUUUCAGCUUCAGGAAGAGACAGAAAUGUGGAAGAUAAGGGAGUGGGAGAAGCAGACAGAAGAGACUUACUGGAAAAGGCAGAGCAGAAUGCUGUCAGACACCUCCAGCAGCCGCAUGCGCAGCGACGGCUUCGACGAGGAGGGGCACAGGGCAGACUGGAAACCCAGGAACCCACAGCUCCUUGACCUGGUGGAAGAUGAUCUCCUCAGGGCCAGAUCCUGGAAUAAAAAGCUGUAUGAAUGUGAAGCCAACAUGCCAGACAGGUGGGGGCACAGUGGAUACAAAGAGUUGUACCCUGAAGAAUUUGACACAGACAGUGAUCAGCAGGAAGGAGAGGAGCAAAACGCUGUCAAUGGGAAGAAGAGAUCCCACCUGGGGAAACAAACAGCCCGUGAGUCCCACAAAAGGAAAAAAACCAAGAAAUCCCACAAGAAGAAGCAAAAAAAGCGCUCACACAAAAAGAGGAAGAAAAAGAAAAAGGAGCAGGAGAGAAGUUCCACAGAUUCCUCCCGGGGGGAGAGCGAGGGCUCAGGAGAGGAGACUCCGAGCGCCCGCAAAGGAAAACACAAGCGCAAGAAAAAGCCCAGGAAAGUGCCUGCCAAGGAACCUACCUCUUCUUCUGGGCAGGAGAGUGACUGUUGCCAUGCAAGCAGCUCCAGCACCAGCAGCUCUGAGGACACCGAGUCCGAGGGGAGAAAGGAGAAGCGGCCCCCGAGGAAGAGGAAGAAGCGGCACAGCUCCGUGCCCGAGAGGCCGAGCGAGGUGCCCGAGAAGAGGAGCAAGAGGAAGAACUGGAAGGUGGCGGGGGAUGAGAAAUCUGAGGACAGCUCUGAUGAGGACUGAGGGGUCUGGGUGCAGCUCAGAGCAGGAGGGGAGGGCAGAGGCAGCUCUGUGUCACUCAGCACUGCUCCAGCACUGGUUUACAGGCACGCUGCCAGCCCACAGGGAGCAGGGCUCGCCAGGCAGCACUGCAGGACAGCACCUACCUGCCCCACAGGUGGGCUCAUCCCGCCAGCUUGGCUGUGAUCAGGUUGUUUUGUUUCUUAAAUUAUGUUUGAACAGAUUGCUCUUUGGCUCACCAAAACAAUGGCCAGUAGGAGAGAGGACAGGCUGGUAAAUCAAGCUGGUAGCAGAGGAAAUGUCACUGUAACCCCCACGGCAGUUUUGUCUUCCCAUCCUCCACCAAAGCAGCGCUGUGGGGGCGUGCACAGGGUCAGCUGGACACGGAAGGGAGCUGAGGGAAUAUCCCCAUUGCAGCUGAAGGGCAGUGACUUCUCUAAUGGUGAAAAAGGCCAGCAGUUUGCUUGGUUUAGCCUCCUGUCCAGAGCCUGCUGUGGGCUGGCCACUGUGUCCACCUUCCUUCCUCCUCUGUGGGGAUGCUGGAAGCAUUUGUGCUGACAGAGGAGCCGUGGUGGGUGUUGUGUCCUGUCUCUGCUGUGCCCAGUGUGUUACUGGAGAAACUGGUACCAGGCCGUUCUCCCUGCAGCGAACAGCCAAGCCUUUUAAUAAAACAAAUAAAUCCA